AUUUAAAGCUACUACUAAUGCAGUCUGACAAUAAAAAUUCACUUAACAUAAACAAUUUAACACUUGAAGUUAAAAGGUGUAAAAAAGAAAUCUCUGAUCAUAUACGAACAAUCUCGUUCGACGAGCAAUCUCAUUAUAGUCAUAAUAAUUUUCGUUUGCCGUACAACAGCAUGUAUAAAAUAUUGUUGCAACAAUAUCAACAAUUACAACAACAACAACAACUAAUAAUAAUAAUUCUUAUUAUUCUGUGUGUAAUAAUAGCAGAAAUGCAUGCAGCAACGAUUCGACGACAAUCAAGAAAACCAGAUAUCGAACUAGAUGCAGAUAUAAACGAACCAAAUAUUAAUUUAUUAAGGCACAGUGCAUGGGAGAACAAUAAUACAAUACCAACACCGACCAUGAUCUUCAAUAUUAUGCUGAAUGCGAUACAACAAGUACCUUCAUCAGCCGGUGGCGUUGCUACGUUACACGAUCUAAACAUGAAAAUCUAUGGCGAUGGCGUCGAACAUAAAUUACCGCCGGUACUAGAACGCAUUAUACAACGUAUACAAACUUACUUUUCAGUUUAUCGUUAUACAGAUACAACUAAACCGGUGCAUUUAAUGUUUUGGCCGUAUAAAGAAACCAUAAUAUCAACAUCAACUGCAAUUGCAACGACAACGACAACGACAACGAUGACGAUAAAACCAAUAAAAGCAACAAAAAACACAACAACAAAAUCGCCUUUAACUUCAUCGCAAUCUCAAGCUCAAUCGACAACGACCACAAGCACUCCUAACCAGUUACAAUCUGUUACAAAAACUGAAAAUGUAAAUAAUACGAAAUUCUGUAAAUAA